AUGAAGCUUCAACUUUCUCUUCUUGGGCUGGUCGUCCUGGCCCUUGCAAAGCCACAGGAUCCUCCAGUAUCAUCUACACCAACUGAGCCUCCCGCCGAACCACCAACCGAACCACCAGCUCCGGUUCCUGUCCCAAUUCCCUCUCCUCCCACAUCUACGGUCCCUGCUCCUCCAGCUGAUCCAGCUCCGGCCCCUCCACCUGCGGACCCAACUGGUGCACCUAUCCCAGACGGACCAAUCUGCGAGUGUGGAUAUACCUACUGUGCUGCCGUUCUCAAAGCAAUGGCAAAACCAUGGAGUGAUGGUCAACUUUCAACUGCGUACUGUGAGACUCCCAAUGCAGUUUGUAAAGACCAGUCCCCAGGUAGCAACGUCGACAACGCUCUAUUCAUUUGUCUCUGCGCCGAACCUGAUCAAAAGGUUGGAGACCACAUUGAACUUUUAUGCGGUUGUGAUGCAUGUCUUAAUGUUGGGCCGGACUUUAGAGGUCGGUGCAAGAGUCCUUGUAGAGCUGGUCACGCAGCAAAGGGAGGAGGUGGUGGGAAGGGAGGGGACAGAGUCAGAGGAAGCAAUCCCAUGAGAUUUUGGUAG